AAAAAAAAAAUCCUUAGUCAAAGGCAGCUUCCAACCCAAGCUCGUCGGUGUGUUUGUCAAACCUUAUUUAUUCUGUUCAAACAUUGGUGAGGAGGCCCACCAUUGGGUUUUAUAGUGGGGUCUCUUUGAAUCAAUUAAAAAAUAACCCUUCUUUAAAAGAUGUUUGUUUAAAGAUACCAAAUUUGUUUCCAAGUUUUGGCAAAGUAGUGAGGUUUCAUUUUUCUUUGCUUUUGAUUACCUUAAAUAACAAAUAAAGUCAUUGCCUUUCCUUUCCACAUAAGUUCUUUGAGGCUCUCUUAUCUCAUAUACCAAAUUCAAGUUUGACACGUAAAACAUUUCCUUAAUUUUAAAAUGUUACUUUACUUUAUAAUUACUUGCAUCUCUUUUUUCUUCUUUUUAAACUUAAACUCUCUUUCUUUUCUAAAAUCAUUCCCAUCAUGGACAAGUGAAAAUGAGAUGAAGCACCAAGUGUUGUCUUUGAAAACAUUCUCCAAGUUGUUUAAGAAUCACUUUUGGAUUGGUUUACUUUGUGAAAUUCAUACAAGGAUGUCUAUGGUGAGGAAGAGUCUUAGUUCAAGAGUUGAGAAUGUUGAAGAGAUUGAGGACAAGUUAUCAUUGUUGGACUUGCCAGAGCUUAUCUUGGAAUGCAUACUUGAAAAAUUACCUCCUUCUUCCCUUUGCCAAAUGGCUGGUAUUUGCCAUUCAUUGAGGGAGAGAUGUGUGAGUGAUUACUUUUGGGAGAGACACAUGAAGAAGAAAUGGGGUGGAGUUAUUGGUCAAGCUGCUUAUAGGGAAUGGAAAUGGCAUGUUGCUUCAAAUAUGGGUGUUGGGAGUCUUAAACAUGGCAAACAAAGUGGGUUAUGGAUGAAAAUUUUCUCUCUUCUUUGGCCUUUUCAAGGGAUGAAAUUAAAGGUUGGUGAUGGAAAUGAUAGCUGCAAUCAUAGGAGUUCAUUGCCUGUUGAAGCUGUUAUGAACUGGUAUCUUGCAAUUGAAACUGGCCGCUUCUGGUUUCCUGCUCAAGUCUAUAACCGCGAGAAUGGUCAUCUUGGUUUCCUGUUAUCUUGCUAUGAUGCUGAACUUAGCUAUGAUUCGCGAACCAAUACCUUUCUAGCAAGGUAUCCUUCACAUGGAAGAAGAGAAGCUAGAGAGUGUGGAAUUCCAUGGGAAAGGAUAAGAGCACCUCCUGUUGAUAUCUCUCCACAUGAUCUUCAUAUCUCUAAUUGUUUAAAUGAUUUGCAUCCUGGUAAUCACAUAGAGAUUCAAUGGAGGAGAAAAAAAGAAUUUCCUUAUGGUUGGUGGUAUGGUGUUGUGGGUCACUUGGAGUCAUGUAAUAACAAUGAAAAUCAUUGCCGCUGUCAUAACAGUGACUCGGUGAUGAUAGAGUUCAAUCAUUACACUCCUGGCUCAAGAUGGAGACAGACUAGUAUCAAUAGGAAAGACCAUAGGGAAGAAGGAAAUGAGGCUGAUGGAUUUUAUGGGGGAAUAAGAAAGAUUGAGAGUUUGAAUGAAAUUUCCAUUUGGAAACGCAUGUGGCCAUCUAAAGUUUUGGAUUAGUCUCUAAUCUAAUUCACCACCUACCAUGACGACUUUGUUUUUUACAAGAAUAUAUACAACUUGAAGGGAAUGGUCAUAUAUUUAAGCCAAUUUAUUUUCAUGAGUUUAGUUCAGUUGGUAGGGACAAUGCAUAAUAUAUGUAAAGUUCGGCAACCAUAAAAGAAAAAUAUAUGUAGGCCAAUUUGAUAUUCUUUUCCACACUGUGGUUAUCACCCAUUUUUCAAGACAAAGUUUAUGUGUACAUUUUUGUUCUCCAUAAAUGUAAAUUGCUUAUCAUUUACACAUAAAGGAUGUACAGUAUCUAUUUGUUGAA